GACAUGUGACCAACGGUCGCGGGAAGUCCUUUGCCACGCGCGUGAUAGGAAGAGGACAGCGCUUGACUCAUUCAAACUUUUUUGUAAACAUUGGUUUGGUUUUAUUGCGGAAAGACGUGUUUCUGUGUCGCCGGGCCACCGACAAGUUACUGACGGAUACCGAAACUCGACUGGAGCCGGUAGUUUUGGUGUUUGUUUUGAGUUUAGGAACAACUUCGGACAUUGCUCUCACGGUGAAGACUCGCUAACCAACGUUAGUCCGUGGCCAUUUCUCAGCGUUGGAGGGGCGUGUAGGAGUUAGCAAACAAGUUAACGUUUUCUGGGAUGUUAACGGACCUUUAAUCUAUUUACUUUGACUUUUUUAAUGAAUACCUUUUAGGUAAGGUAGUUAUAAGUUGACUAGCUUUGUGUUUUUGCUACAAACGCCACUGCCACUGUAGUGGGGUCCAACCGCGUGAUUUUUCCCGUCGACGAAGCCGGGGUUUAAAUCCUGAAAAUGUCGAGCUACGAUCGCCAUCGACACGGAUCGCCUUCCCCGAAACCUCGACCAAUUUGUCAGAAACUGCAGUUUACAUCCAGCGAUGGCGAGGACGACCCGAUUGAGGAUGUUAACAACAGUACCGGAGGAGAGUCCGGCUUCACGGAGAUGGACUCCCCGAUGCCAGUGCGACGAGACCCCGUCGACAAACGGCUGGAAGGGAGCAGCAGCCCCCUGAACCAGUCCGGUGGGGACGACGACGUGGAGCUGUGGGACGAAGAGAGUUACGGUUCUCCGUCUCAUCUGCGGUCACCCAGCAGUGUUAUCUUCGCAAACUGCUCACCAUCACCGAGGAAAACUUCUCGGCUGUACGGAGGGUCCCCGGAGCGGUCUUACGUCCAGGACGACGGUGAAGGAUCCAGCUCCCCGAUCCCGGACUGCCCCGACACACCUCCACAUAAGACCUUCAGAAAACUCAGACUUUUUGACACACCGCACACGCCAAAGAGUUUACUGUCCAGAGCGAGGGGCUCCGGUCCAGGAUCCUCCAGCAGGAGAGUUGCCCUGUUCAAGAAUGUGGAGGCUUCAGGAAAGUCAGUCACAGACAGCAGCAGGAGACAGCAGACCCCUCUGGUUAACUUUAACCCUUUCACCCCCGACUCCCUCCUCAUCCAGUCAGCCACACAGCAGAGAAACAACAGGAAACGAGCACACUGGAAUGACUCUUGUGGAGAAGACAUGGAGGCAAGUGAUGGUGAGGGAGAGGAGGAAAUCUUGCCACCAUCCAAGAGGAUCACCAUAAUGGAAAGCAACAUGAUGUCCAGGUACACCUCAGAGUUCCUUGAGCUGGAAAAGAUCGGCUGUGGGGAGUUUGGUGCCGUGUUCAAGUGUGUGAAAAGACUCGAUGGCUGCAUCUACGCCAUCAAAAGAUCGAAGAAACCUCUGGCAGGAUCAGUAGAUGAACAAAAUGCUUUACGGGAGGUGUAUGCCCACGCUGUACUGGGUCAACACCCCCACGUUGUGCGUUACUACUCGGCCUGGGCGGAGGAUGACCACAUGCUCAUCCAGAACGAGUACUGCAAUGGUGGCACGCUUUCUGAUGUCAUCUCAGAGAACUACAGACGGCUCAGUUACCUGUCGGAGCUGGAGCUGAAAGAUCUUCUGCUGCAAGUCACACGGGGACUCAAGUACAUCCACUCGACUUCUCUGGUGCACAUGGAUAUCAAGCCUAGCAACAUCUUUAUUUCACGGAAGUCUGUAACCAGCUGUGAUGAAUGUGAUGAAGAUGACAUACUGACAACCAGCGCCAUCUACAAAAUCGGUGAUCUUGGUCAUGUGACAAGAGUGAACAAUCCACAGGUGGAGGAGGGUGACAGCAGAUACCUGGCCAAUGAAGUUUUACAAGAGGACUACAGUAACUUGAGGAAAGCCGACAUCUUUGCUCUGGCUCUGACUGUGGUCAGCGCCUCAGGGGCGGAGCCUCUUCCCACCAACGGAGACAAAUGGCACGAGAUCCGACAGGGAAAACUCCCUGCCAUCCCUCAACUGCUUUCUCCAGAGUUUCUCAGUCUGCUCAAGCUGAUGAUCCAUCCUGAUCCAAAUAGACGGCCAUCAACUUCUGACCUCAUCAAACACCCGGUGCUCCUCACUGCUGCCAGAAUGAGUGCAGACCAGCUCAGAGUCGAGCUCAACGCAGAGAAGUUCAAGAAUGCACUUCUACAGAAGGAGCUGAAGAAGGCCCAGAUAGCCCGAGCUGCAGCAGAGGAGAAGGUUUUGUCCACUGACAGGAUCCUGACCCGCUCCACAGUCCAGUCGAACCCCAGAACCUCCAGACUCAUCGGCAAGAAGAUGAAUCGAUCAGUCAGCCUCACCAUCUACUGAAACUUGAGUCUGCUCUGGCAGGAAGAGAAACACGAAGGCUCAUGGACCUUUUAACCAGAACCAUUCAGAUGAGAGGGUGCCUUUUUGUGUUUGAGGACAACCCUGUCAGUCGUUGUGCUAGGCCCAAUCAAAGCUGCAGACUGUUAACCAUACCGAAGUGGAACUCAUCUCGAUAGACUCUAGUUGCCAACAUAGUUCAGCCCUUUUCUUCCACAGACUUGGAUAAACUCUCAUUCCUCAAAGGUAGUUACUGUACCUUUUACACUCUGUCAUUCCUUAAGUUUGCAUAGACGUCAGCCUCUCUCAAUUUCUGUCCUUGCACUUCUCUCGACAAAGCCGAAGCCUGUUGGCAGCGGAUUGAAGCCACAGUGAAGCCCUCUUCAGUGUGAAUGUACUUGCCGUAGCCGUGUGCACCUUACUGCCUGUCAAAUGCCUGAUGCUAGGUACCAGAGGGUCUGAGAACUGACGAUUUCUGUGUUUGUAAUGGAGCACUUUGGAGGCAACAUGUGGAACUUGCCACAUUUUUUUUUUGUUUUGUUUUUGUUUUUUUGUUUUAAAAAAGAAAAGAAAAAAGAAAGAAAAACCUGCUGCUAUUGAUGUUUUGUUUGUAUCAGGGUUUGGCCAGUUUCAGGUUGGAUCGUUCUCGAGGUCAUUGGCUCUUAUUUUCAAUUAGCAGGAGUCCCGUUCAAUGCCUUUUUGUUUGGCUCAUGCUGUGAUCAAUGAGGAAAUUCAUUUUAAAACCAGUGACUUGACUCAUUAUCUGUGAGGUUAGAACUGAUCCGUAGUGUUUGAAUUCCCCUGUUGAUUGGUGCUGCCAACCCUGCCUGUAGCAUUAGAACAAUCAUUGUCCCGUUCUUUGGAUUCUCAUGUGUUCCGUUUUUCUUUUCCCACAAAGCUCAUCUUCAGUUACUGUUUAGAAGCAUUCCUCAUCUUUUUGUUCUUGUAACCUCUAACACAUAAAACCCUUUUCUGUUGUUGUAACCUGUAAAUAUGUUCUUUUAAUAAAUUCUUACCUUCUAAA